AUGGCUGACAAUCCCCCUCCGCACAUCUCAUCAGAGGGUCAGGAGACAACCUACCCCCAAACCAGCGACUUUUAUCGAGUACAGCCCGACUUACCUGCCAAGUUUAAUCACCCGGAGACGUGGAGACAAGGAUAUAGAACCAAGCCUGGCAACCCUCUGUACAGGACCACAAAUCAAACUUAUGGGAGUAAGCCGCCGUCCGUGCAUGAGAUGCCGACAAAGUUUAAAGGAGUUUCCGAUAAGUUUUCAGAAGCAGCUACAAAAUGCGGCAUGUAUAGAAACAACGGACUCAACACACACAUGGAGAAAAGUUUUGUGACGGGGCCAGACAAUCUAAUCACCUUCCAUGACAGACUGAAUUUUCACCGGAGCUACAACAUCAGUGGGCCAUCACAGUCAGCUUGA